UGGAGAUGCAUCUGAUGUAGCGGUGGCAUGGGGCGGAUGGGUACGGGAUCGGAGGGGAUACACACGUGAUUGCUAGAUUUGCUCCCGUGAUUUGUGGUGUCAACAAAAACCUUCCUAUUUGGGCAGGGCCUGCCAAAAAAUCGGACCGUUUGGGAAUUGGCUUCAAAAUAACCUUUGGCUCAAUCGUCGGCCAUGGAUUCCAGCCAAUAGACUUGGCGUACUGGGGGCUCGGACAGUGUGAAUUUCUUUUUGUAGGAUGCCUUGCCUGCCUCUGGUAUCUUCGGAUUACUGCACUGGGUGCAUGACGGUAGCUGAUAGGAAAUGAGAUGGCCGACUGUAGAUGUCUGGCGAAACUCCAGCAACCAACUCCGUUCAUCUCGCCAUUGCUAUCAACAUGGAGCUGGAUACCCUUGAGCAUCGGCGACCCGUCAGCUGCUAUGUCACCCCCCCGCUUGAUUCCGCCAUCGAGUUCGUCAGGCUCGAGGACGCCUAUACCCCCAGAAGCGACACGUUUUCAUACAACGGCUCGCCACUAGCGUCUCCCGUGUCGUCCACCUCCGAGCACGUAACAGUCGACACCCCCCCAGCGAAGCCUGUUCCACAGGCUUCUCCCAAGCAGAAACAGGGCCUCUUCAGGCGGCUUUCCAGCAAGUUCUCCCGGGCUGGCACCAGGACUACUUCGGCCACCUCCUCGCCAGUGGCACGCCAGGAUGCCAGAUGGGAAUCCGCCAAGUCGCCAGCUCUCUCUCCCGAGAAGAAGCUGCUAGGACGGAGCUUCUCGCUCAAGUCGAUCCGGUCCAAAGGGGCAGAGUCCCCCACCCCGCCGUUGAAGGUACAAUCACCCAGAAAGGCGCCUGGACCACGAACGCCAGUGAUCCUCCAGGACCCGCCAGUGAUCAGGCGCAACCAGCCCUCCAAGUCCGCAUACAGACACAGUGUUCAUGGCACCAGUUUUGUCAGCAGUGACUAUGUGCGAUCGCCCACAACGACACCAAAAUCGGCUGUCUCGCCCACCAGCCAGAAAUUGCAGCCUGUGGCUGACGAACACGAGCCAGUGACUCCCACUCGUCGGUUGGCCCGCCAGCCGUCGCACAACGCCACUCUCGCCAGUGUCCAGCGCAGGAACUCGCGCUAUAGCAUGGCCUCCAGGCCCACUGACUCCAGCACCUUGGACAAGGGCUCAGUACACUCGGUGCUGACGUCCGUGUUGGGGUUGGGGUUGAGUACGCCAGUGCACUCGCGACUGGUGCCUGGGCUCACCACCAACCACCAGCUCAAGCUCAAGAUCUUCGUGGAGCAGAAGGGUCCCCACGCCAACGAAGAGGUGGAGUUCAUUGCCCUCCGCAUGCGUAAAGACAGACUCAACCACGUGAACGAGCUUAUCAACUUGGUGAUGUUCAAGCUCUUGAGCACCAAGAACGACUUGAACUUGAACCACGUCCGCUUGCUCAUCAUCUUCCGGGACCCCAGCUUGAACCCGGUGGUGUUGAAGCCGUCGGUGGACGAGGCCACCGCCGAGCGCGGGUUGGUGUGCUUGAGCAACGACGCGCUCUUGUUGGACUACAUCUUGUUGAAGGACAAGCUCUACAUAAAGGCACAAUACACACCAUAAUCGGCGGGUCUGAUUAUGCUCCCAGAAUUUCGUACAGGACAGGUAGCUAUUAACACGGUGAUAUAGCGUCACUGGAGCUUUAUCCUUGGGAAUAUCACCAAUAUCCAUAGCACAAGUGCUAGAUCAGUAUCUUCGCCUCUGAAAAGCUUACCCUUCUUGUGAGUAUCACCUCAACAUCAACUGGUAAGAGCAGCCAAAUGAUACCAGGAGUGGCAUCAAAUGCGAUCUCUUGAAUGGGUCUAGUGGUCCCUGUGAGCUAUUUCUUGAGAACCUCACCUCAACAUAAGAAACCAAACUGCCUGGUGUUGCCUUAUCAUCACUGUAAGCGUUACCCUUCUUGUGUAUAUACAAUCCAACACGACUCAAUCACCGUUACUGGAGCUUUGCUCCCUUGUGAAUAAAUUACGUCCUGUCCGUAGAUUCGCAACCGGUCCAGGGCUGCAACCACCAGUUAGGCGCCAAUUGCCGCGUUUUCUC